AUGGCCGACCACCCUGCUGGUGCCGUCGCUUUCUGCGACAGCUCGAAAGCACUGAAAGGCCACCUUCGCCCAGUCAUCCGUGCAGUUGGUGAGCAUCGGGGCAUCUUGCAGUAUGAAGAUGCUGCAAAAGCAAUGUCUGCCUUCGAAGAGAUUGUGGAUGGUUCUAUCGUUUGCGUUGUGGCCGAAAGAACAGCUGCCAUAGAGCUCGCACGCUUUUUGCGGACACCGUCGCGCAGACCGUGGUUGAGAAGCAUCCCCCUGCUAGUGUUAACGCGUGACGCGGCAGCGCGGGCCGCUGCUGCCAGGGUUGGGUCCAUCGUUGUCAGGGAUGUGGAGAAAUUGACAGCACACAUUCUGUCGCUUCCUUCAAAAGAGGUGAUCCAGUCCGAAGUUUCCGCAUGCCACUUCAAAGGCUUGUUGUGCGACUUGAGCUUCGGACAUUUUGAAGGCGGCAAGUCUAACAUGGAAUGGAACUUCAGCGAAAACACACAACGUAUUCGGCAGGGGUUAAACAGACAACGGGUCCCAUGGUAUCCGGAAUGCAGCAACUAUGAGGAACAUAUUGACACACUGGCCUCGUAUUUCAGCAUCCUGCAGCCGGUGCACAGGUGCAGCCCAGGCGUAUUCCUUGGCAUGUUGCGCAGCGGGGGGUUGAUGUCCAGAACCGAAUUGGAGGCCUUCUUGUCCACCAAAUCAACUACACUUUGGGCUAAGCAGCAUGUCAAUCGACAUGCGCUUUUGCAAGAACUCUGUCGUGAACUUCAUGCGGAUCGUCGCAUAUUGUAUCAGUACAGUGAACAGAAAUGUAUUGAGAUUUAUGAAAAUGAGGUGGUGGAUGGCUCCAUCCGCAAGGGCAGCCAUGUGCAUCUGAAGGGACGGUCAGGCAUUGUGUGUACGAGCCCAGACGAGCAUGGCAAAGUCAAGGUCGAAUGGAAUGAUGGCAAGAAGAAAUCGGAAGUCAAAUUGAGCGACAUACAGAAAGACCCCGAUGCUGUACGGGCUGCUGAGAAGGCUGCGCGUGAAUCUCGAGAGCUUGCAAGCAAGCUGAAGAGCACGCUUCCAAUGGAGCAUCAUGCCAGGAUUGACGAGGUUGUCAACAAGGUAGCGCAUGAUAUGAUCACGGCUUCCAAGCAAAACCUCGAAGGGGUUGGCUACCACAAGGACAGGGCACUGGGGACCCAUCGACAUGUCUUCUCUACUUUGGGCGUGAAUGGAACCUUUGGGUAUGGCUCAAUUGUUAUUGUUCUCAAGUCUCAGAUUCUGCACCAUCCUGACUGUUGGAUCAGCCCGCUCGCUGCGACCGGCUAUGUGGGACCCCACUACUGGGUCUUCCGUCAUAGGCCAUGGUCCUCCGCAUCCCUCGCAGAAAUCUCUACUGAUCCGGAUGUAAAGUACCCGCCCCUACCCGACCAGCCGGACUCUGACAGCAAAGGGGUCGAAGCUUGUAUCCAGUCAUCUUUCAAUCUAGCAGCAACAGCCCAAUGGCCUGUCCUCAUGGCUCGAGAGGUUGAUGCCAUGUGCCACUACUUGUGUUACGGCCAUCGUGAACCGACUAGCAUGGACAAUGCUUCAAAAGGGAAUGAGUUUCAUGGCCAAGGAAAGGACUGGAAGAAGGAGGAGGUUCGGACAAUUGGCCGAAACAAGCGUCUGAAUGGAGGCCAAUCAGAGCUGGAAGCCAAGGCCUGGGAAGCUGUAGUUGAUUUUUACGAGACAAGGGACAGCCACACUCAAUUUGAAUGCCAUCUUCCCGGAAUUGUUCCACUUGGUGCCAUUGACAAAAUCAUAAUCCGAAAGGGUCUUUAUCGAGAUCACACAGACAUUAAAGACAAGGUGGAUUCAUAUGUCUUGCCAGAUGGCAGACGAUUGUGUGACCUUGUGCACAUGACAAGUUCGCCGUCGGAGUGCAUGACAUGGCAACAUGAUCUAUUCGAGACGAAGCGCCGGGCAGUCCAGAAGCAGCUGGACCCUUGCCGGCGCCAUCCAGUGUCGGUGCAGGUGUCUGGUCGCGUGGACCGCCCAGUUUUCUUGCCGAGCGACUUUAGAAAGUGGUUCGGUGAGCCGAGCAGUUUUCGAUUUUCCUUUUGCACUCGGUGCUCACACGACAUUCGGGUGUAUUUCUCUUCAACUGCAGAGCCGCAGCGCGAUGACUGUGAUCUGUCGGACAAACGGUGGACAUCCACAACCUAUAUGUUUGCCAUUGGUUUCGAUCAGAAUCGUGUCAGCUACAUCUCCAAGGGCAUCACGCAAUCUAAGCAUAGCGUGCAUGUGGAAAAAGAUCCACUGGUCCGUUGCACGACUUCAAAGGAGGGUGAUUUGUCUGCCAUUGGCAUUUGGGACCGAUACUGGUUCGAAGUGGUGCCAGGCGGUAACGCGCUUGUCCGCUGUGGCAGGGGUCCUUUCGGCGAGAACGUGAUGAUGAGCUUUGAAGAUACGGACCCGAUCAGAAACUUGCAGUACAUCGGGGUGGGAUGUUGGCGCGAGCCUACAGUCUACUGCGAUUUGCAGGUGUCCUCCGGGGAUGGUUCGGUUUUCCCAUUCUGUCCAGCAGACCGAAUCAUUGAUGAUGACCAAGGCAUCCAAGGCGCACCAUGUCCGGCUCCAUCUGUACAGAUUGACGAGGCUGAUAGGUCUCUGCCCUCCUGCAAAUUGUUUUGGUGGGGCUAG